AAAUUUCGAGUCGAGGACCUUUCGAGAGAAGGGGAAAGGCACAUAUUAUAGUAAAUUUUACAACAGAAAUUUAUAUCUUACACUUGUACAGUUUUAGCAAUGUCUACUCCAGCACGAAGGCGAUUGAUGAGGGAUUUUAAAAGACUUCAAGAGGACCCUCCAGCGGGUGUUAGCGGUGCUCCGUCAGAAAACAAUAUCAUGGUAUGGAAUGCAGUGAUAUUUGGGCCAGAAGGAACUCCCUUUGAAGAUGGUACAUUCAAAUUGACUGUAGAAUUCACAGAAGAAUACCCAAACAAACCACCCACAGUCAGAUUCAUCUCAAAAAUGUUUCAUCCUAAUGUAUAUGCAGAUGGAAGCAUAUGUCUUGACAUCCUACAAAAUCGUUGGAGUCCAACUUAUGAUGUGUCAUCAAUUCUUACCUCAAUCCAGUCUUUGCUUGAUGAACCAAACCCUAACAGUCCAGCUAACAGCCAAGCAGCUCAACUUUACCAGGAGAACAAACGGGAGUAUGAGAAGCGUGUGUCUGCUAUUGUUGAGCAGAGCUGGAGGGACAGCUGACCAUUCACUGCAGAGCACAGAACUUUGUGUGAUUAUAGUUUAGUUGAGUGAAUUGUGAGGAAGUCCCCCCCCCCCCCUCUGUCUCACACACCACUCUCAUACCGUUCUAAUGCACUUUAAUCAAAAUCCGUCCCUUUUCCCCUUGGAGAAGUUAUGCUCAGUCAAUAUCACCUGGUCAUUUUCUGUUCAAAAAGUGACAGACGUGGUGUCAGCCCAGAAACCUGGACAAUAUGAUGAUGAUAUAUCCAAGGGCCAUUUUUUCCCCCAAGCAGAACUACAAGGUGCCGGCCUGCCAUCCUUGAACUAUCCACAUCCCAGUUUGGACUUAUGAUCCUGUUAUGCUGUUUUUGUGUGUGUGUUCUGUUACAUGCCUGA